CAGGAGGUUUCCGGGGAAAUUGGGCUGAAAGUCUGUUCGCGUAACCCUAAGUUAGAUAACCCCUGUACAUCUUUAAGCCUUUUGUUCCGUUCAUUUCCUAAGUUAUCUUCGCUAAUUUAAGAACUCAAUGUUGCCCUGAAAUCCUUCAAAUACCCUAUCUAUAAAUGCAUCUUAAAGCAGGAUAGCGUGAUCUUAAAUAUAUUUUAAACAUUAUAUUUUUCAUGAACAUUACUAAUUGAAAAACAUCAAUAUAUUUCCAAUACAUGCGCCAGAAUUCAUUUAUACAAUAUACAUUUUGACACAUUAUUGAAAUAUUAAAGCAGAUAUUCACAUUGUCUAGAUUAUGCAAGCGGUAAUACUCAAUAAAAUGCUUCAGACGAUUUAAUGGAUUCAGUGUACAUUAUACACAUCCAUGCAUAUAUGUAUAUAAACAUACUAGAAUAACGAUAAACAGGUACCUGAGCAUCAGAAGACAGCCCUGCUGACAAUUGACGGGUCGGGCUCGCCUACUGCCGCCGUCGUCACUAAAGGUCGGCCUUAUAAGAGCGCGCGCCGCUCACACACCUGGCACAGGACACGGAGAGGGACAGAAAGGGUGCAGGAAACCGGGGGCUGGACUGAGAGAUUAGAGUAAGCGGGUAAACACAUGGGCAUCGUUCCGUAUAUUUAGUAUUUUAGGGGAAAAAACAAGCUGCGCAAGGAAAAACAACAACAACGAGAUUUUUAUGAAUCUUGCAAACUUCUCUUACUACUCGGACAUGUGCAACAUGACGGCAGAGUCAGAGCACUCACCAGCCGAGGCAGCGAGUCCCUUAGGGGUGUCCUCUAACAUCAGCAUGGAGUCCCCAGUGGCCCCGCCACCGCUUCUGCUUCAGACUCGGGCCAAAGACGGAGUACUGAUCAAGUCUGAGCCUGGGGGAUGUAGUCCCAACACGGACCGAGAAGAAGGAGUCCCUCUGGGUAACUCUGACGACCACUUACCCCCUUCGGGAGGCCGACGCAGGAAAAGACCGGUGCAGCGCGGAAAACCCCCUUUCAGCUACAUUGCCCUCAUAGCCAUGGCUAUCGCCAACUCUCCCGAAAGAAAGCUCACUCUGGGGGGCAUCUAUAAAUUUAUCAUGGAGCGUUUCCCUUUCUAUCGGGAGAACUCAAAGAAAUGGCAAAACUCGAUUCGCCACAAUUUAACUCUUAAUGACUGCUUUGUCAAAAUCCCACGGGAGCCCGGUAGACCGGGGAAGGGCAACUACUGGACCCUGGAUCCUGCAGCUGAAGACAUGUUUGACAACGGGAGUUUUCUACGCAGGAGAAAAAGAUUCAAGCGCACCGAUGUGAGCACCUACCCAGGGUACAUGCAGAACUCAAGCGCCUUCACCCCGACACCUGUGGGUCGGUCGGCCUACACCAACACACUGUAUCCCGGAAUGAGCACGAGCUACGGUUCGCAGCCCCCGGCAGUGCUGCACCAUUACCCAGCCCCGGCUGGGGUCACCCAAGGACAGCACCGAAUGUUCAGCAUUGACAACAUCAUCAGCCAUCAAACAAUAAUGCAGAGCGGGCCAGUAGGAGAAAUCAGCCCUCAAGCAUUGGCCUUGGGCGGUGGAGAGUUAGGUACAAUGUCCACCAGUUGCCCAGUCAGCGGCCCCGACCCUUCAUCAUGCUUCCAGUCACAGACUGUAAACCCCAACGCAACUGUGCUGACUAGAGGCAGCGGCGGCAUGUCUUCAAACCUUGCGACCACAUACUCUUAUCCAUCAUCCUCCUCUCCUCCUCAUCUACCGACGAUGACUCAGGGCAGCUUCUCCCCGGGCGGCUCCCAGGUGUAUUACGCAGGGAACAGACUCUCUCUGCCGGCUGUGCGCUCUGGCUCUUGCGCUGAACACACAGAACAGCUGCUGGGGCUUCCCGGUACCACCAUGAACUCCUACAACAACACUUACAUGCGACCGGCGAGCUUCGCGUCCGGAUUUGAGCGAUAUAUGUAGGCAGCUUUUAUAGACUUACAGUAGAAACCUCAUCUUUCGCGUUUUCCACGACACUGAUAAAGCGGUGAAAUCCGAUAAUUCUCCGUUUACUAUCAUGUGUAUGACUGACGUAAAAAAAUGUCCCAAUGUCAUCUAAAAUUUACUUAAUAUAGGCUACCUGGAUAUAUCAAGCAUGUUUUCUUUCAGACAAGGCAUUUCAGUACUUUCACUGUAUUUAUCUAAAGAGGAAAUGGUAGCCUUGCAAGUUAGCAGGAAACAUGUACAACUAACUGAAUGAUUUUAAAAGAUAUUCCUAUAACUGGUUCAUUGUUGUUAAAUGAGCUGCCGUCAAGCAGGACGAUUUUCAUGGAACCCCAGACUUUCAUAAACGUUAUUUCACGCGAACUGCAAACAGAUGUGUUGGAAACGUUUAUCAUCUAAGCUUAACAUGCAUAAAAACG